CUCCCGUACAAAACCCACUCCCUCCCUCCACCCCCCCAACCUGACCCACUCCACCCCGCUCUGCGCCAUUGCCGGCCACACUCCUCCAGCGCCAAGAACCACCACGAAGGUGAGGUGAGGAGAGGGAGAGGGGAAGCAAUGGCGUCGCUGUCCGUGGCCACGACUCUGCCGUCGAUGGCGCCGUCGUCGGCGGCGAGGAAGAGGGGCGGCGUGACGUACGUGGAGGGGAUGAACGCGUACAGCGGGCUCAAGGCGCUCAACAAGGUGACCCUGCUCGGCGUGCGCAAGAGCGCCGACUACUCGUUCGCCAGGGUGGUGGCGAAGCUGAGCCCCGCCGGCGGGAAGAGCCGCGGCGGCUCGUUCGGCGCGCAGUGCAACGCCGCCGGGGAGAUUUUCAGGAUCGCCGUCAUCAUGAACGGCCUCGUGCUCGUCGGCGUCGCCGUCGGCUUCGUGCUGCUCCGGGUGGAAGCGGCCGUCGAGGAGUCCGAGUGAGGCGCCCCGCCGGCGCGCCGCCGCCCCGAGCCAUAGCACAUCGCCCAGGCUACCUUGGCUCAUAAGUCGUGAUAUAUAAAUGUGAUGUAUGUUUCGAUUAAAUUUGCUUUCGUUUUGUACCCAUGACGAUUGGUGAAUACCCUUGGAAAUACACGUUUUGGAGGCAGAACCUGCAAAUGCAAUUGGUCUUUCAGCUGUACAGAUUACAGUCUGACCAUUUCUACUUUCAAA